UCCACCUCGUCUCCAUCCUCGGUGCUUUGACACUGGUGCGUCCAGGCUGCGGAGGCACACACACACACACACACAUAAGGCUGUGCACACACACAAAGAAAGGCUAGGUAUGUCGGAUGAAGAUUCCCGUGCCAGCAGCAGUUCUUCUUCCUCUUCAUCAUCCAUCCAUCACCAGCAGCAGGAAGUGAUCACGCCGAAGAAACGAGAAAGCAAAGCCAGCAUGAACAAGACCUCCAAACUCCUCUCCACCAGCGCCAAAAGAAUCCAGAAGGAGUUGGCGGACAUCACUUUGGAUCCGCCUCCAAACUGCAGCGCCGGCCCCAAAGGAGACAACAUCUAUGAGUGGAGGUCGACCAUCCUGGGCCCGCCGGGCUCGGCGUACGAGGGGGGCGUGUUCUUCCUGGACAUCGCCUUCACGCCAGACUACCCCUUCAAACCACCCAAGGUGACGUUCCGCACGAGGAUCUACCACUGCAACAUCAACAGCCAGGGGGUGAUCUGCCUGGACAUCCUGAAGGACAACUGGAGUCCCGCCCUCACCAUCUCCAAGGUCCUCCUGUCCAUCUGCUCCCUGCUCACUGACUGCAACCCUGCCGACCCUCUGGUGGGAAGCAUCGCCACACAGUACACCACCAACAGACCGGAGCACGACCGGAUAGCCAAACAGUGGACCAAGCGCUACGCCACAUAGUCGCCAGAGGAAGCUGCCGAUUGGACGACUCGGGGAUGUGGGGGGGUGGGCGUGGCUCCCAGAGGAGAGAGAGAUAAAGAGAGGGAGACAGACUACAGAGGGGCGAGUGGAUUUUUAUCUCUGAAUUGAAGUCUGAACUCAUGACUUUUUGUUGUAUUGGUUUUGUUUUUUUAAGUUAUCUCCGGCCCAACUAUAAUCGAAUCUGACAUUUACGCAUCGAGUGUUGCCUCCUUUUUUUUAAUUAUUAGUAGCUUGUGCUUUUGAAGAUGGACAUUAAUACUGCAGCGUGACUCCCAGUCGGCGUAAAUUCUCCCGCGCGUUUUAGGUUGCAGUCGGUGUUUGCUUGCCCCGCCCCCAAACUUCUCUUUGAAAAGGUGUUUUUUUUCCCCCACAUGUAGACGUGCUUAGAUAUGGAUGGAUAUUGGUUGUGAUUUGUUUUAUGUACGGAUUAAAAACGAUUAAAUAAAAUGUUCUGUUUCUCCCCUUAAAAAUUAAACAUGAUCAACUGAA